ACAUUCACGUUUGAGCGAUGGCUCAACAAAAAAAUAUCCGUACACAGCAACCCUGCUGCCUAUAAAUGGAAUAUUUGGAUCCCACGCUAACAGUUACAGUUUGAGUACAACGAGUGCAGUCCGAUUUGAGAAUUGUUGAGAUGUUCCGUAUCGUAAGCUGUGUGUUGCUGUACAGCACUUUGAUAGCAGGAUUUCCAUUUCCAUUCCCUGCAGCGCCUGUAGUACCACCUACUGCUGUUGUCCCUACGCCUUUUCCAUUUGUCCCAGGAUCCACACCGGUAGUACCAACUACGGUUCCCUUUGCAUCACCAGUCAGGCCGGUGAUCCCUACUCCCGUUCCACUUGCUCCAGGUGCUAGGCCUGUUUUGCCUGGCAUCAAUAAUCCUUAUUAUAACUACGCUGGUGGCCCUGCUAUUCCUAUCCUGUCGUAUUCCAGCGAACAUGGUGUUGAUGGAACUUAUGCCUUCAGCUUUUCUACCGCUGAUGGUAAGCAAGCUCAAGAAAGUGGAUAUUUGAAAGAUGCUUUUAUCGAUAAUGCCGGAAACCCACAAGGGACACAGGUUGUGCAAGGAAGUUACGCCUACAUCUCGCCUGAAGGCACACCUAUUCAAGUGAGCUACAUCGCCGACGAAAACGGGUUCAGACCUUCAGGCGUGCACAUUCCUGCUAACGGAAAGACUGCACCCAUUUUACCUGUAGAUGGAAUUAAUAAACAAAUUUACGACCCGACAUACAACCGCUACGAUCCUUACAGAAACAGGUACAACAAUUUUGGACCUUACAACCGGCCUUACGACCCCAGGUACCCCUACGACCCUACGAAGAUCAACCCUUACUACAACCCUAAUACCUACAACCCUUACCGCAACGGAGGCCAAAACAAUAACUCUAACCAAGAAAAUAAAAAGGAAUCAGCUAAUCCGUUGCGAUGUGUAAUUGCGACAAAAGUUUUCGGUAUAAAUACCGGGGGUGAAUCCAAAAUGCAUCAUUCCAUUGCUUUUGUAAUACACGCAUCCUUCUUACUGCAUUCUACUUGGUUCAACAUGAAGUGCAUUAUACUCCUAGCAUGUGUGUUUGGCGCAGUGUACGCUGACGUCAGUAGUUUCCAGCCCUUCCAACCACAGGGCAUAUACCAACAGCAACAACAACAGCCUCAGCAGUACACCACAGAACCCAUUCCCAUCAUACGACAGGAACAUGUCCAGAAUCCUGAUGGGUCUUACAAAUGGAGUUACGAGACGGGCAACGGCAUAUCUGCAGAAGAACAAGGGUAUGUGAAGAACCAAGGUAUACCCGAGCAGGAAGCUCAAGUAGCCCAGGGACAGUACCAGUACACAGCACCUGAUGGACAGGUAAUUCAGCUGCAGUACUUAGCAGAUGAGAAUGGAUUCCAGCCGCAGGGCGCUCACAUUCCAACAUCACCACCGAUUCCUAGAGAAAUCCAGAGCGCUUUGGACUACCUCGCCACUCUACCGCCACCCAAUCCAGAAAACAGAGACUAUGGAAGGAAUUAGACACAUCAUUCAAUGGACUAGGAUUUAUUCAAAUGAAACUCAGUCAUAGGUUACCCGUCCACUCUAGUUAUAUCGCUAAACAUAAAAAAAAAACAAAAAAAGGAUGUUACAUAAUACGUGAUCUGUUGAUAGGUAGUUAAGAUAAUUUUAUUUUUUGCAAAGUAUAAUAUAUUAUGGUUUUAUGUUAA